GGCCGAGCCUGCCCUGCACCUGCGCGGUUAUAAAACGCUAGGGAGAGGGCGGGAGCAAGAGCGCUUGGCGAGGUCCUGGAUGACUGACUGACCACACUAGCGCAGCGCGCACAGGAGCAAAGGGGGGCAUCCUCUAUCGCGCGCGCGCCAUGGCCACCAGGCCGGGCCCUUUGACUGAAUGGCCAUGGCAAAGGCUUGGAAACUUCAAGUACUUGGUGAUGGCUCCCGUGGCGGUCCACGGCGCGCGGCGGGUGGUCGCGCGGGGCUGGGGCGACAUCGACCUGGCCUUCGCGCUCAUCCUGCCGUCGCUGCUGCUGCGGAUGGUGCACAACCAGAUCUGGAUCAGCGCCGCGCGCUACCAGACGGCGCGCAGCAAGCACCGCAUCGUCGACCGCGGCAUCGAGUUCGACCAGGUCGACCGGGAGCGCGGCUGGGACGACCAGAUCAUCCUCAACGGCCUGCUCUUCUACGUUGGCUACCUGGCGAUCCCCAGCGCGAGGCGCAUGCCGGCGUGGAGGUCGGACGGCGCCGUGGCGAUGGCGCUGCUCCACGCCGGGCCCGUGGAGUUCCUCUACUACUGGUUCCACCGGGCGCUGCACCACCACUUCCUCUACUCGCGCUACCACUCGCACCACCACUCCUCCAUCGUCACCGAGCCCAUCACAUCCGUGAUCCAUCCCUUCGCUGAGCACAUGGUCUACUACGUCCUGUUCGCCAUCCCCAUGCUUUCGACUCUCUACAUGGGGAACGCCUCCGUCCUGGGCAUCGUGCUCUACAUCGCCUACAUCGACUUCAUGAACAACAUGGGGCACUGCAACUUCGAGCUGGUGCCCAGGUGGAUGUUCCAGCUCUUCCCUCCCCUCAAGUACCUCAUGUACACGCCGUCGUUCCAUUCUCUGCACCACACGCAGUUCCGCACGAACUACUCGCUGUUCAUGCCGCUCUACGACUACGUAUACAGCACCAUGGACAAGUCGUCUGACCAGCUGUACGAGACCUCGCUCAGGGGAGCGGAGGAGACGCCUGGCCUCGUCCACCUCACGCACAUGACCGACCUGCAGUCGGUCUACCACCUGCGGAUCGGCUUCGCCUCCGUGGCGUCCAGACCGUCUGCCACCGGCGCCAUGUGGUGGUACAUGUGGGUGCUGUGGCCCGUGGCGUGGCUGUCCAUGGCGCUCGCGUGGGCCUACGGGUCCUCCGCGUUCGUCGUCGAGAGGAUCAAACUCGGGAAGCUGAGGAUGCAAACGUGGGCAGUGCCAAGAUACAACUUCCAGUACGGCCUGAGCUGGGAGAGAGAAUCGAUCAACGGCCUAAUCGAAAGGGCGAUACUAGAUGCUGAUGCGAGAGGUGUCAAGGUGCUCAGCCUAGGACUGUUGAACCAGGCGAAACAGCUGAACGGCGGCGGCGAGCUGUUCAGGCACAGGUAUCCCAAGCUCAGAGUUCGCCUCGUCGACGGAAGUGGCCUAGCGACUGCUGUGGUGCUCAGGAGCAUUCCUCGUGACGCGAAGCAGGUUCUCCUCCACGCAGGCCCUUCUAAGGUAGCGUGCGCCACGGCUGCUGCGUUGUGCGAGAGGGGCGUCCAGGUCGUCAUGAACCCAAACAAGGAAUAUGAUAUGCUCAAGUCACAGAUUGCAGAUAGCAAAGCAAGCUAUUUGGAACGACGCUCCGACAACCACCACACGCCUCAGGUUUGGCUAGUAGACAGCAUCGACGACGAGGAACAGAAGAUGGCACCGAAAGGAGCCGUAUUCGUCCCAAUCUCACAGUUCCCCAUCAAGAAAAUCCGCAAGGAUUGCACCUACCUGAGCACUCCAGCAAUGAAGAUCCCUGAAACCAUGCAAAAUAUCCAUGCCUGCGAGAACUGGCUGCCAAGACGGGUGAUGAGCGCCUGGCGCAUCGGCGGGAUACUUCACGCCCUGGAAGGGUGGACCGUGCACGAGUGUGGGGACGCCAUGGUGCAUGCUGACAAAGCAUGGUCAGCUGCUAUUAGGCACGGAUUCGUUCCUUUGACGAAAGCCUGAAAGCCUGCGAAGCCCGGGGUUCUGUGGCUGGGGCCUGCGAUAGAUAUAUGUACGCAGAUCUGGACGCCAUUCGACGAUGGCUGGAAAACUACGUUUCAGCAAUCGGUAGCACAAAUUCUCCCCCGCUAGAGAAGGCGACUUAUAUGGUCGGCGUGAUGAAUGACGACCUUGAUUCCAACAGCAUAUAGUAACUACAGUUAUGUUGUGGCAUUGUAUGAUGCAAGUGCGAGAAACUGCUUUGUGGCUGUCUGGGUGACAUAUACAAUUAUAAUAAAAUGUCGAUUUGGCU